GUUCUCUUCAGCCUUUGAGUUUUCCACAAAAUUUUCUUUUCAAUUUCAAGUUUUCUUUUUGUUUGCUUUUGAACAAAACAUGGUUCACAAAUUUCUUCCUUCAACUAGGAUACCUAUAUUAAUGUAAUUUUUCAUCUAGAGUGAAAUGGACGGACCAUCGGAAAAAACUAUCAGUAAAAGCGUAUCAGUUCUACCAACUUAUAGGAUUGGUAAAACUAUUGGACAUGGAUCCUUUGCGAAGGUGAAAUUGGCACUACAUGUAGCAACUGGACUCAAAGUUGCUAUCAAAAUUCUUAAUCGUUCUAAGAUUAAGAACAUGGGUAUUGAGACCAAAGUGCAAAGGGAGAUUAAAAUUCUCAGAUUGUUGAUGCAUCCGAACAUCAUAAGACAAUAUGAAGUCAUAGAGACGCCUGAGAACAUCUAUGUUGUUAUGGAAUACAUAAAAUCAGGUGAGCUAUUUGACUACAUUGUUGAGAAAGGUAGAAUACAAGAAGAUGAAGCUCGUCAUCUUUUUCAACAGAUCAUAUAUGGUGUGGAGUACUGUCAUCACAAUAGGAUUGCUCACAGAGAUCUUAAGCCAGAGAAUGUGCUUUUGGAUACGAAAUACAACAUCAAGAUAGCUGACUUUGGACUAAGCAAUGUUAUGGAAGAUGGUCACUUUCUAAAGACUAGUUGUGGAAGCCCUAACUAUGCUGCUCCAGAGGUUAUUACAGGAAAACCAUAUUCCGGACCAGAAGUAGAUAUAUGGAGUUGUGGAGUGAUAUUGUAUGCUCUCUUAUGCGGUACUCUUCCUUUCGACGACGAAAAUAUUCCUAUCCUUUUCGAUAAAAUUAAGAAAGGGAUGUAUACUCUUCCAGAUCAUUUAUCAUAUUUUGCUAGAGAUUUGAUACCGAGAAUGCUUAUGGUUGAUCCAACAAAGAGAAUUAGCAUUCCUGAGAUUCGUCAACAUCCAUGGUUCAAUAAUAAUCUUCCUUCUUAUCUUGCUAUCCCUCCAUUAGAUACAACAGAACAAGCUAACAAGAUUGAGGAGGAGAUAGUUCAGAAAGUGGUCGACAUAGGCUUCGAUAGAAACCAAGUUGUUGAAUCUCUUGUCAAUAGAAUCCAAAAUGAGGUUACAGUUACAUAUUACUUAUUACUGGACAGCCGAAACCGAAAAAUUGUUCCUAGUGAAUCAUUCCAAUCCAAGUUUAAAGAGAAAUUGGAUGAUCAUGCUAUGUAUACUUCUAUAAUUCCAGUUCAAGAUAUUGAUUCACAUGUUGGCCAUUCGAGUCCGGUUUCGACUAGACUAAGAUCACAGAUCAAAGAUGACAAAACAUGGACCCUUGGCAUUCAGUCUCGAGGAGAUCCUCGUGAGAUCAUGAGUGAGGUUUUUAAGGCUCUUCGAACUCUAAAAGUGUGCUGGAAAAAGAUCGGACUCUACAAUAUAAAAUGUAGAUGGGUUCGAAGCUUUGCUAACGAUAAUAAUCAAAUUGAUGAAUGUACCAUGACUUUACCAUCCAUCAUCAAAUUUGAACUUCAGCUUUACAAAGUAGGCGAAAGCAAGUUUUUGCUAGACAUCCAAAGAGUUGAUGGGCCUCAGUUUAUCUUCUUUGAUCUAUGUGUAGCUUUUCUCAGAGAGUUAGGUGUUCUCUAGAGCUCAUACCAUUAGUGAUAUUUUUAGACGAUUAUUUCUCUAAUGUGUAGAAUUCAGUUAUAUUCUGUAUGGUUUAUGGAUUUUUGGGUUAAGUUAUCUUAAAUAGUAAACGUAAAAAAGAAAGAGUUUAUUUGUAUUCACAUUAAUAUUUGGAAUAUGCAUUUAAUUUCUAUCAA